AUGGUCAACUUGUUCAAGCGCAUGCGCAAGCUGAAGACUAUUCUUGAUAUCAGAACCGGUCUCGGUGCCGCAAUCUUUCCCAAUCCCACCUCUGCCACGAAAGAAUUUCCCCCAGUCACUCGACUACACCUCACAUAUGCCCGCAAGAUCUACAAUGGACAUCAAGGCGCCCGUCACUUCUGGCGCAAUUGCCUUCCCCGCCUCAAAUAUCACAACCCGGCUGUUCGUAUGACGGUGCAACAGACAGAAGACCAGAGCUUAACGCCUUCUUUGACGAUCUACUUCGCCGAGCGAUUGAGCAGCACUGCACCCGCGAUCAUUGGGUCCAAGAAGAUCUCCGACAAGCACGCUCCUGCCCCCGAGAGCAGCGAGAAGAUCGCAGUCGUGGACUUGAAAGAUCUUACAUACAAGGAGAUUUGGAGUCGGGUACAGGCGGCGACCGGAGCCGAGGAGGUCCGUACCUCUGCAGAGGACGAAGCCGAGCGGAAGCGACUGGACGCUAUCACAGCCAAGGCUGGCAAGGAUCGGGAGCGCAUACAGGCCAUCCGCCAGGCCAAGAAGGAUCAAGAGCGGAUGUUGGCCGAGGCGCGUGGUGAGGUUGAGAAGAUGAAGGAGCUCUAA